GCGUAUGUAAAUACGCGUUACUUGCCACGGGACGUCUCAAGUGGCCGCUGAUUGGUAGGGGCAAGAGUCUGAAAUCCUUCUUAUAACGGAAAAGUAUUCCGCGCGCAGUUACUUUGCACCACGGUAAUACGAGUGAUGAAUUAUUGGUCAGGAAAAGUCGCAAUUGUGACCGGCGCGAGCAGAGGAAUUGGUCUCGCGAUAUCGAAAGAAUUGGCUAAAUAUGGCAUUAACGUGAUUGGUUUAGCAAGAAGUAUGGAUGAGCUCGUGGAAACUUCCUUAAUGAUUGGAGAGUAUUUUUUUCCGUUCCAGUGCGAUGUAACGGACGAAGAUGAAAUACUUGUUGCGUUCAAAUUUAUCGAAGAAAAGUUUGGAGGCGUUGACAUUCUAGUGAAUAAUGCUGGCAUCAUCAAUUACAUACAUGUCAUGGACUCAGAAACCGACGAAAUUCAUAACGUCAUUAAUACCAACUUGAUAGCUCCAGCAAUUCUCGCACGAGAAGCAAUUCAGUCUAUGAGAAGACGCUACGCUGCGGGUCAUAUAAUUAAUAUCACAGGCAUAACCGGAUUAUAUUGUGAAGCUGUGAGCGUACCGAUGGGCAUAUAUGGUCCUAGUAAAUUCGGUCUAAAAGGUCUAGGGAUAGAACUCCGUCACGAAAUAUCCCAGUAUAAACUGAAAAUCAAAGUAACGACCAUUAACCCUGGAUUUGUUCGGACGGAUAUGUCAAAACAGCUUAAUAGUUUCAUGAAGGUCUCCCCAGAAGUUUUAUUAAAUGAUAGAGACAUUGCUGAUGCAGUGAUCUACGCGCUGGGGACACCGAAAUCGGUAGAGAUUUCGGAAAUCACAGUGUUGCCACAUUGCUUGGGAUCUGAUGCUAUUUUACUAUAAAGUGUCUGAAUCACAGGAUGUCACUGCUUAGAUGUCGCCAGCCGCUAAUUUUAAUGAAUCUUGCAGCUGAUCACACCAUUAAAUCAUUGUACGAUGGAAAUAAAAUCCGAGAGUUACUUCUAUCUUGCAAGUAUCGGGGUAAAUCAAGGAAUAUCUCUUUAGUUUCGAUAUCGUUUUAAUGUUCUGCAUAUAUAAUAAAUCAUAAAGAAACGUAAGAACGUUGUUUGACUUCAUCAGGUAGAUCCUUUCGGUUCAAUGCAACAUGGAAAAUCGGGAUGUAUCCUUUAAAAACUAAAACUUUGGAUGUUUCGUUAAAUUAAUUAUUUUAUUUAAUAAACGAGAAGUACUAGAGAAA